AUCCCGUGACGCAAGCAGAGAGAAGAGCAAGGCGCAGCAUCCCCCAUCCUCCAUAGUAUUUCUCUCAAUCCGACGCGUACAAUAACGACCGACGAAACAAGGGAAACGAAAUCGAAUUUUGUGGCUUGUUAUCAGGCCGAAUAACACAAAACAGAAUGACUAAAGAAGACACUUCUGAGGUGGAAGAGGCCCAGCCCUCUGACUUCAGUCCCAUUCAUGAACCCCGCAAGAAACCCAUUGUGCAUCCAUCUGCACAGGCUCCGCUUCCCAAGGACUAUGCGUUUACCUUCUUUGAUCCAAAUGAUCCAGCCUGUACGGAGAUUCUGACAGACUCUCGGACCACAAUCCCCGAGCUUUUCGCCAUUAUCCGCCAGUGGGUCCCUCAAGUUCAGCACAAGAUCGACAUUAUAGGCAGUGAGAUUUUGAAGCGAGGUUGCCAUGUCAACGAUCGCGAUGGCCUGACAGACAUGACCCUUCUCCACUACUGCUGCAAAGCAGGUGCUCACGGAGUGGGUGAUCCUGAGGCAGCCCUCCGCCUGUCCAAUCAGCUGUUAGCUCUGGGUGCUGACGUGAGUCUCCGCAGCCGUUGGACCAACAUGAACGCGCUCCAUUAUGCAGCUUACUUUGACGUGCCAGAAUUGAUCCGUGUUUUACUCAAAGCCUCCAAACCCAAAGUGCUCAACUCCACGUGCAGUGACUUUCAUCAUGGAACAGCCUUGCAUAUCGCCGCCUCCAACCUCUGCCUGGGUGCUGUCAAGUGUCUACUGGAGCAUGGAGCCAAUCCAGUCGUCAGGAACGAUAAGGGUCAAGAACCCGCCGAGGUUGUUCCAGACCCCAUGGACAUGAGUCUGGAUAAGGCUGAGGCUGCCAUGGUGGCUAAAGAGCUGAAGCAGGUGUUGCUGGAUGCAGUGCCGCUCAGCUGCAACCUCCCACGUGCCACCCUGCCCAACUACGACAACAUCCCAGGCAACCUCAUGCUCUCCUCCCUCGGCCUCAAGCUCGGGGAUCGCGUGGUGCUGGACGACACCAAGACUGGCACGCUCCGUUUCUGUGGCACCACUGAGUUUGCCAGCGGGCAGUGGGUCGGCAUUGAGCUGGAUGAGCCAGAGGGCAAGAAUGACGGAAACGUGGGUGGGAUCCGCUAUUUCAUCUGCCCCCCAAAACAUGGCAUCUUUGGUCCCGUGUCAAAAAUCAGCAAAGCUGUUGAACAGAUUUCCUCUUCAGUCGCUUCCACUCCCAAAACUCCUCGCAUGGAUUUGUCCCGUGUGACCGGCAAGAUUAAAAAAGAGAAAAAAGAAAAGGAACGAGAAAAGACACAGAGAAAGAAGUCUCUCACUGCAAUGAGUCUGGAUCCUGAUGGAGUAAAGGUUGAGGUUGGGGAUCAGGUGUUGGUGGCGGGCCAAAAGCAAGGAAUUGUUCGUUUUUUUGGAAAGACAGACUUUGCUCCUGGGUAUUGGUUUGGUGUGGAGUUAGAACAGCCCACUGGAAAACAUGACGGCAGUGUAUUUGGAGUGCGUUACUUCCACUGUUUGCCUAAAUAUGGGGUUUUUGCACCACCAUCCAGAGUUCAGAGAAUUGGAGGGCCCAAAGAGCCCCUAGGGGAUGGUACACUAGUGAAGAAAGUCCACCAGGUGACUAUGUCCCAGCCUAAGCGUAACUUUAAUGCGAUCCGGUCUCCAAAGGACAUAACAUCUGAGAGUUCCAUAUCCAGCAGGUUGCUGUUCUGUUGCUGGUUCCCCUGGAUGCUGCGUGCAGAGAUGCAGUCCUAAAUCCACUGGUUACAUCUUUAAUUUUAUCUUCCUACUUUUCUGUUUCUCUUCAUGAUAAAUCUCACCCCCUCUGUGUACUUUCAUUAUUCAUACCUGCUUCUCUCUGUGAACUACCCUGUCAAAAGGAAAGCUGAACACUUACCACCUCCUUCCACUCCUUUGAUGGCAAUUCAAUAGCAAAAAAAAUAGUGCCUUGUGAAGUAAUGUCCUGCAUUCCAGUUAUUAAAUUACAGAGAACAAAAUGAUCUUUUAUUUCUUCAAAAUAAGGGAAAAUAAUCCCAGUAAAAGCCAUUCAUAUCUCUGUAACUGCUUGGGUAGAUUACUGGCAGUAUUCAUGAUAGUAAAAAUAGGUGUGUAGGCCUUUCUGUGUUUAUUAGUAAAGGUGCUUUUUCUUUUUUAGAUACAUUUUGCUGCUAUAUUAAGCGCCUCUGCUGUCUUACUUUUCAUUAUUUUACAGCAUACAAUCUGGUUCCUAAAUUUAAAAUGCCUUUAAUUAAUUUUAGCAGGUGAUUUAUUGGUAUUGAUCUUUUAUAUGCUUGUAGAAAAUCAUUUGAUGCUUUUCACAUUUCAUUACAAUGUCAGUGUAGUGUAAAAAUAUGAAUGUUGCCAAUGUGGAUAAGAAACAGGGUUUUCCCAUUUGAUCCCAAUGUUUCAAUUUACAAUGACACUUGCAAGUGUGCACAUUAACAAGUAUGCACAUUGAAUAUUUGGUGUGAAAUAUGCAGGCAUUGGCUGAAAUGAGAUCAGAGGCCUGCUUUAGAUUAUUCACUUGUAAAAUCUGCCACAGAACCAAAGUGUAAACUUCAUGUUAUCCUAAAAAAUAAUGUAUUACUCAAAUGAUAAACUGUUAGGAACCUUAUAGUCAUAUAGCAUAUGCAAGUUUUGAGAGGAGGAUUGCACAUUUGGUAAUAAACCUCAUCUGACAUACUUGCCCUGUCAUAACAAAAGCGAGGUCAGAGUGUUAUUUUUAACCCAAAUAAUAAGGAACGAUGAUAAUCAUAUUUCUCUCACCAAAAAAUACAGAAAAAUCAAGUUCAUGUGCUUCAUAUACUUUAAUAUUAAGUAUCAUUUGCUUGUAGUACAAUUUUUUUUAAUGAAAGUCACAUUCAGUGUUGUUCUUAACAACACUUUUGCAUCUAUAAGCUGUACAAAGUGUGUAACAAUCCUUUCCCCUAUUCCUGUACUGUUUGAGCUUUAAACAGUUUUGUGAUUGCUCUUUAAAACUCUGAUCGUGAAAAAACUUGUGCUUACUAUACUGUAAUCAAACGUGUGGGUUAUAACAGCAAUAUUUACUCUUACAUCAACAUAUGAAUAUGGAUAGGAACUUUGUCUACUACCACCUAUGGAAGCACAGCAUGAGCACAAGUGUCUGCCCUUAACUGCUGACCUGGGAUCAGCCAAUAGACCAAAUCACCUAAAUGAUCUCAGAGUAGGCAGAUUAAGGAGAAAAAACAACAGCUUGCACUCUCAUUAACAACCUUCUUGCAAACACUUGGUGAACUGCACUGAUCUUCAAAAAAGAGCUACUUGCAAAAUUGAAAAUGUACCGCUUAAACAAGUCCGAGCUUUUGAUUUCUUCAGCUCUCAUGUCAUUUGUCAUUGAAGAAUUACUGUGUUUGUGUGAUAGGAUAGUACUUAGAAUAGUAUUCUUUUGAUGGAGUACAAACAUCUGCUCACAACAAACCUUAAAUUGUGCAUUAUCAUUUUGAUGAAACCUGUUGUGACUUAUUCCUUUAUGGUGACUUGUAUCAUCUUAUAUCUCACUGUUAUAAAAUUAUAUAUCAGGACUGUAGUCACAUUCCAUUUUUGCCAAAAGGAGAGCAAAAGGUGUACAUGAGCAUUUCAUUUGCACAGUAAGUAAAUCACACUGCUCUGCUCAUCCUCCACUCUUUCAAGCUUUUUGUUUGAGAAGUGACAUUUAGCAUUUUCGGUCCGGUUAUUUAAUUGGUACGGUAAACAUUAAUUUGUCCAAAAAUGUCUAUUUUAAUAAUUUCAGAAGGUAAUUUUUUAACGUUGUGUUUUCAUGUUAAGUAUACUCGUGAAAUUUCAAAUUAAUGUGGCUUUUCAUGAAUUAAGUUCUGAAUUUGAUGGACAACAUUACUGUACUGCAUGCUUUGUAUACAUUUGCAGGUUUCUUUUUCCUACAGUGUAUCAGCAUGAAUAAGCUUAAUAAUUCAAGUAAAAACUAUCCUGACUGUGGAUAUAUGACUAAUAAACAUGUAGUGUUUUA